AUGCCGUCUGCAGGUACAUUGCAAACUACAUCAGCGCCUCUCAUAAUUUGUGCAGCACCAUUAGUAUCAGAUCAUCCACAUGUUGAGGCACCUCCUUCCAGGCCACCUCACAUUACACACCAGGCCGAUCAUCCAUCAACAUGCACGACUCCUAGUGCAGCUCCCACCAGGUGUAUUAAUACACAUGCAAUGACCACCAGGUCAAAAAAUAAUAUUCAGGAACUAAAGAAGGCACCAGAUGGAAGUAUUGUGCAUCCUCUUUCCAAAGCACUUCUCGCUGCAGUCACUCCUGAUGCUACCGAACCAUCUUGCUACACGGAAGCUGCUAAACAUAGUCAUUGGCGAGCUACAACAUCUCUAGAGUUUGAUGCUUUACUUAAAAAUCAAACGUGGGAGUUGGUUCUCCCUGAUUCACAUACUAAUGUCGUGGGUUGCAGAUGGAUUUUUAAAAUCAAACGACGUAACGAUGGAACUGUCAAGCGUUAUAAAGCGAGGCUGAUGGCUAAGGGCUACCAUCAACUACACGGUAUUGAUUUUCAUGAAACGUAUAGCCCAGUAAUUAAACCAGCAACUGUUCGUCUGGUUCUCUCCCUUGCCGUAUCUAGCGGGUCGUGCCUUCGACAAAUUGACAUUCAAAAUGCCUUUCUACACGGCUCACUUCAAGAAGUUUUCAUGGUUCAACCUCUAGGCUUUCAACACCCACAGUAUCCUCAUUACGUGUCGGCUUAA